GAAUACAAUACAUCUCUAUUUCCCCUUGCUUCCAAGUUUCAAUGCCCCCAUCCAUCACCUCUCUGUGUCUCUCUCUCUAACUUCUCUUUCUCUCUCACCUCUCUAACUUCCUUUUCUCUCCCCUCUUAAACCCAUUUUGCUGUUUACAUAACAUACAAUCAUUCUAGAUCAAACAACCGAACAGGCCAAAUGAAGAUCCAGUGCGACGUGUGUAACAGAGAUGAAGCCUCUGUCUUCUGCUCCGCCGACGAAGCCGCCCUCUGCGACACCUGCGACCACCGCGUCCACCACGCCAACAAGCUCGCCGGCAAACACCAUCGCUUCUCCCUCCUCCGCCCUUCCCCUAAACAAUUCCCUCUCUGCGACAUCUGCAAGGAGAAAAGGGCGUUCUUGUUCUGUCAACAAGACAGAGCUAUUCUAUGCAGAGACUGUGAUAUCCCAAUCCACAAAGCCAACGAACACACCAAGAAUCACAGCAGAUUUCUUCUCACCGGCGUUAAGCUCUCCGCUGUGUCUUCACUCUAUUCACCAGCGUCGCCAUCAUCAUCUUCCUCGGCCAAUGCCUCUGCAACAACCACCACCACCACAACCACCAUGGGAGGAUGUGAUUUGGUUCCGAAUCUCAAGUCCGAUCACAGCUUUGUCAACCAACCCAUUUCUCUCCCAUCCACAAUCCUCAAUCCACCAUCAACAGUUUCACCAAUCACGGACAAGAUUGGGGUUGGGUCAACAAGUAGCAUAUCCGAGUACUUAAUAGAAACCCUACCCGGAUGGCAUGUUGAAGACUUUCUUGAUUCCUCCCCUGCCCCAUUUGGUUUCUGUAAGACUGUUGAUGAUGAUGUGUUGAGGUUUUGGGAUACUGAUUUAGAGGGCAAUCUGAGUUCUUCUCUCUCCACACAGAAAAUUGGGAUCUGGGUGCCUCAAGCCCCACCUUCGUUUCAAAAUUCUUCGUCUCAAUUCAACUCCUCUUCGAAUUUCGAAAUUGUUGAGCAAACUGGGUUCGAGUCCAAGGAAUCAACCAACACGAAAUCUAGCCGAAAAUGGAGAGACGAAACUUGUUUCACUGUUCCACAGAUCACCACAUCCUCCAAAAGAUCUAGAACAGUGUUUCAGUAGCUCCAAAUGAGAGCCAAUUUCAUAUUUCUUGUUUUUUAUUUCCUUUUCGUUUUUUUCUUUUUUUUUUUUUUUUUUUGGUGCUGUGAUCCAAAUGGGUUGUGUUUCAUGAUUUUGUUUUCUCUCAUGUAAGAGAUCUUGUGUUUGUAAAUAUCUUAUUUUCCAAACAAAUGAAUGUAGCCCCAAAUUGAGAGAGAA